CGCAUCCCCAGUUCCAUCAAAGCCAACCCGGGCCAGCGCAGGGAUCUCCGAGUUGCGAGUGUGCUGAGGCUGAGACUGUCACUCAUUCUCCGCUCAGCGCGUGAACGCAGCUCGGCAGUGGCUGGCAAGAAACAAUUCUGCAAAAAUAAUCAUACCCAGCCUGGCAAUUGUCUGCUCCUCGGUCCAUUGCUCCGCCGCCGUCCACAGUCGCUUGCAAGGGGAAGGCACUGAAUUUACCGCGGCCAGAACAUCCCUCCCAGCCGGCAGUUUACAAUGCUGCAAACUAAGGAUCUCAUCUGGACUUUGUUUUUCCUGGGAACUGCAGUUUCCCUGCAGGUAGAUAUUGUUCCCAGCCAAGGAGAAAUCAGCGUUGGAGAGUCCAAGUUCUUCCUGUGCCAAGUGGCAGGAGAUGCCAAAGAUAAGGACAUCUCCUGGUUCUCCCCCAAUGGGGAGAAGCUGAGCCCAAACCAGCAGCGGAUCUCAGUGGUGUGGAAUGAUGACGACUCCUCUACCCUCACCAUCUACAAUGCCAACAUCGACGAUGCUGGCAUUUACAAGUGUGUGGUCACCGCCGAGGAUGGCACCCAGUCGGAGGCCACUGUCAACGUGAAGAUUUUCCAGAAGCUCAUGUUCAAGAAUGCCCCAACUCCACAGGAGUUUAAGGAAGGGGAAGAUGCUGUGAUUGUCUGUGAUGUGGUCAGCUCUCUGCCCCCAACAAUCAUCUGGAAACACAAAGGCCGAGAUGUCAUCCUGAAAAAAGAUGUCCGGUUCAUAGUCCUGUCCAACAACUACCUGCAGAUCCGGGGCAUCAAGAAAACAGACGAGGGCACUUACCGCUGUGAGGGCAGGAUCCUGGCCCGGGGGGAGAUCAACUUCAAGGACAUUCAGGUCAUUGUGAAUGUACCACCCACUGUCCAGGCCAGACAGAGUAUCGUGAAUGCCACUGCCAACCUGGGCCAGUCUGUCACCUUGGUGUGUGAUGCUGAUGGCUUCCCAGAGCCCACCAUGAGCUGGACAAAGGAUGGGGAACCCAUAGAGAAUGAGGAGGAAGAUGAUGAGAAGCACAUCUUCAGUGAUGACAGUUCUGAGCUGACCAUCAGGAAUGUGGACAAAAACGACGAGGCCGAAUACGUCUGCAUCGCUGAGAACAAGGCUGGCGAGCAGGAUGCCUCCAUCCACCUCAAGGUCUUUGCAAAGCCCAAAAUCACCUAUGUAGAGAAUCAGACAGCCAUGGAACUAGAAGAGCAAGUCACUCUGACCUGCGAGGCCUCUGGAGACCCCAUCCCCUCCAUCACCUGGAGAACGUCUACCCGAAACAUCAGCAGUGAAGAAAAGGCAUCGUGGACUCGACCAGAGAAGCAAGAGACUCUGGAUGGGCACAUGGUGGUACGCAGCCAUGCCCGUGUGUCCUCCCUGACACUGAAGAGCAUCCAGUACACAGAUGCUGGAGAAUAUAUCUGCACUGCCAGCAACACCAUCGGCCAGGACUCCCAAUCCAUGUACCUUGAAGUUCAAUAUGCUCCCAAGCUCCAGGGCCCUGUGGCUGUGUACACUUGGGAAGGGAACCAGGUGAACAUCACCUGUGAGGUCUUCGCCUACCCGAGUGCCACCAUCUCCUGGUUCCGAGAUGGUCAGCUGCUGCCAAGCUCCAACUACAGCAACAUCAAGAUCUACAACACCCCUUCGGCUAGCUACCUGGAGGUAACCCCUGAUUCAGAAAAUGACUUUGGAAACUACAACUGUACAGCAGUGAACCGUAUUGGACAGGAGUCCUUGGAAUUCAUCCUUGUUCAAGCAGACACGCCAUCUUCUCCAUCCAUUGACCGGGUGGAACCAUACUCCAGCACAGCACAGGUGCAAUUUGAUGAGCCAGAGGCCACAGGUGGAGUGCCCAUCCUAAAAUACAAGGCUGAGUGGAAGUCGCUGGGUGAAGAAGCAUGGCAUUUCAAGUGGUAUGACGCCAAAGAAGCCAACAUGGAAGGCAUUGUCACCAUCAUGGGCCUGAAGCCUGAGACAAAGUACACGGUACGGCUGGCGGCCCUCAACGGCAAGGGGCUGGGCGAAAUCAGUGCAGCUACUGAGUUCAAGACACAGCCAGUCCACAGCCUUCCUCCACAAGGGGAACCCAGUGCACCCAAGCUGGAAGGGCAGAUGGGAGAGGACGGGAACUCCAUCAAGGUGAACCUGAUCAAACAGGAUGACGGAGGCUCCCCCAUCAGACACUAUCUGGUCAAGUACAGAGCGAAGGUCGCCUCUGAAUGGAAACCAGAAAUCAGGCUCCCAUCCGGCAGUGACCACGUCAUGCUCAAGUCCCUGGACUGGAACGCCGAGUAUGAAGUAUAUGUGGUAGCUGAGAACCAGCAAGGAAAAUCCAAGGCAGCUCAUUUUGUGUUCAGGACCUCAGCCCAGCCCACGGCCAUCCCAGCCAAUGGCAGCCCCACCACAGGCCUGAGCACAGGCGCCAUUGUGGGGAUCCUCAUUGUCAUCUUCGUCCUGCUCCUGGUGGCCAUGGACAUAACCUGCUACUUCCUGAACAAGUGUGGCCUCCUCAUGUGCAUCGCUGUGAACCUGUGCGGCAAAGCUGGGCCCGGAGCCAAGGGCAAAGACAUGGAGGAGGGCAAGGCUGCUUUCUCGAAAGAUGAAUCUAAGGAACCCAUUGUGGAGGUCCGAACAGAGGAGGAACGGACUCCAAACCAUGAUGGAGGGAAGCACACGGAGCCCAACGAGACCACGCCGCUGACAGAGCCCGAGCUGCCUGCCGACACCACAGCCACUGUCGAGGACAUGCUGCCUUCUGUCACCACCGUCACCACUAACUCUGACACUAUCACCGAAACCUUUGCCACUGCUCAGAACAGCCCUACCAGUGAGACCACUACACUGACCUCCAGUAUUGCCCCACCGGCCACAACUGUGCCAGACUCAAAUUCUGUGCCCGCUGGUCAGGCCACCCCUUCCAAGGGUGUCACUGCUUCAUCCUCUUCCCCAGCCUCAGCCCCAAAAGUUGCUCCUCUUGUUGACCUGAGUGAUACCCCAACCUCGGCUCCCUCUGCUAGCAAUCUGUCCUCUACUGUCCUGGCAAACCAAGGAGCUGUACUCAGUCCUAGCACACCUGCCAGUGCGGGAGAGACCUCCAAGGUCCCUCCAACCAGUAAGGCCUCCCCAGCUCCCACCCCUACUCCAGCCGGGGCAGCCAGCCCCUUAGCAGCAGUAGCCGCCCCUGCCACAGAAGCCCCCCAGGCCAAGCAGGAAGCCCCCAGCACCAAAGGUCCGGACCCAGAGCCCACCCAGCCUGGCACCGUGAAGAGCCCACCUGAGGCAGCCACAGCCCCUGCUAGCCCGAAGAGCAAGGCUGCCUCCGUCAGCACCACAAACCCUUCCCAGGGCGAGGACUUAAAAAUGGACGAAGGGAACUUCAAGACCCCAGAUAUUGACCUUGCAAAGGAUGUUUUUGCAGCCCUGGGUUCUCCUGCUCCCGCCACUGGGGCCAGUGGACAAGCCUCUGAGCUUGCUGCUUCCACUGCAGACAGCGCUGUGCCUCCUGCACCAGCAAAGACCGAGAAGGGUCCCGUAGAAACAAAGUCUGAGCCCCAGGAGUCAGAAGCAAAGCCAGCGCCAACUGAAGUCAAGACGGUCCCCAAUGAAGCCACACAAACAAAAGAGAAUGAGAGCAAAGCAUGAUGGGUACCAAGCAACAAGCAAAGAUCAAAAUAAAAAAAAAUGACACAGCGGCUUCACCAGAGCAUCCCCAAAUAAUCACCCCCCCCUCACACACACACACACACACACACACACACACAUACACACACACUCAUUCCACUAGUGUCUUUUGCCUUUAAAAAAAAAAACCAACAAAAACAGAUAAACAUGGGAUUGCCUUUUUGUAGGUUUCUAGAAAGGGCUCCUUUGUUGCACACUCACUUGUUAAGAAAAAAAGAGACAAAAAGGUUAAACCCACAGCCAAACUAGGACACUCCGUUCCCUGAAACCAUUUAAAAAUCAAACAAAAGCGCCCCAAAUUAAGAAUCUAGGAAGCUCAGAUUUAAAAAAAAAAGAAAAAAGAAAAAAAAAUCUAAGCUCAGAAAGGCUGCAAUUGGUCUUAUCCAAUUGGCACAGAUCAGUUUCAGAAAAAAAUGCUUCCAAGAACUUAGACUAACCGAAUGAACCAAGUCCACAGUUUAUUUUUAUACUUUCAGUCAAGUUGGGACUCUGUAGAACCUCACAAAUAAGUUAUACUUUCCUUUCACUUUGUAUUUGUUCUGUAUGCAAAGUGUGGCACUCUAGCUAGCUGCGUUCAGUUCCCAUGUAGACUCCUGUUUCUUAGGAAGAAUGCCAAAUCGCAGCUUAUUCGAUUUCUUUCACUUUUGGUUUUUUUUUUUUUCUCCACUGUUUCUUUCCCUUUCUUCCUUUCUUCCAAGUUGCUUUCCAGUGUUUACAAGUUGACAGACGUUUGACUUUGGUUGUGUUUAAUGUCCGUGUAAAAUAGCUGCCCCCCACCCGUGUUUUUUUCUUUAAGCAACAGGUACCCCAUAGAGGCAGGUAGAAUCCUCCCAGGUUGCUUUGAGCACGGGUGAAGAUUACAAAAGACAAUUGUUUACAGUGGCUCUAUCCCCCCAACCAUCCCUCACCCAUUGCAGUUUUUACCUGUGUCAAACUGGGGUGAAAGCCUCUCUUUCUGAAAUAAUUUUGCCUUUUCCCCCCCUGUUUAAUUCUGUUGCUAUUUCUUAGGGGGAAAUGGGGGAUGUUAGACCACUUUCAGAUUAGCUGCCACCUGCCUGUGUCUGUGACACUGGACCUGCCUCCCAGGUGUCUGCACACCCUUCCUCUGAAGGAUUCCUUUGGCUUUGUUGAAUGAAGCAGAGAAGAUUGUAUAGUUGGGGCUGGUCUUGGUGAACACACUUUUCUUUUUUUCUUUUUUCUUUUUAUCUUUUUUUUACCCCCAGACACCUCCUUUUUGUAGAAAGCCAAAUAAAAUAUAUACAUACCAUUUCCUUUAGAGCCCAGAACCUAGAUUUGAGCGGAAGAGCAAGUGUGCUUCAGGGAAGUAGUGUCUCCUUUUGGAAAUCUAUUGAAGUAAAGUGACAUCGGCCUUCUGUUCAGUUAGGCAACAUUUGUACAAAAAAAAAAAAAAAAUACCGUCUGGAGUUAUAAUACAACUCUCCUGGAUCGGAAACCAAGUUGGGGGGAAAAUACAGAGACUUUCAGGGGAUGGGAGGGGGGAGAAGGGAAAAGCCAGCCCUUUGUAUAGAAAUUUGCUUUUGUUUUUCAUUCUGCUUUAGAACCGCAAGCUUGUGCACUGUGGAUGCGUGAAUAUUUUAGUGUGAAACGUGUUUUUGUCAUAGUAUUGAAAUAAAACUUCAACAUAGUUUGGUUGUGGAAGGUAUAGCAGAUAGUUCAGAAAA